AUGAACAAUUCCAAAAUACCCAAACUUUCUCUUCAUAGUGAUCAUAGCGGUAAUACUCGAGAUACCUUCAAAAACAAACGCCAAAAAGUUCAAAAAAAAGAGAUGGACAUGGUACUUACGCCCAAUAACAAUAAAUUGAAUAUAUUACAGGGCUCCCGGUCUGGAAUACGGCGUUGUUUCACAGAUGAUCCUUCUGCUGUAAAUAAAAAGAAAUUGACCUUUGGUGGAGAUCCCAAGGUUAUUGAAAGAGUGAAGAACAAUGAGCGCAAAGUUAGAAGGGACAUAGAUUCGUUAUUGAAUGCUAUUUCUGAAAUUGAAAAGGAAUCCGUCCGUGUUCAUGACAGAGAACUACCUACAAUAACGUCAGAAUUAGAUGCUAAGGUCAGAUCAUGUAGAGAAUUACAGAAUGAAAUUGAUAGGCUAUCAACAGAUAUGGACUUGAAGGACAGUCAAUGUGACCUGCAAGGAAGGAAUGCUGAAUUAUCGUCAAAAAAUAUAAUGUUUAUGCAUGCUGUAAAAGUCCAAGAGUUUGAGAACGAUCUGGAAGAGGAGCUAUCGAAUGCCAAAAGGGAAUGGACGUAUAAGUUGAUGGAGGUUGAAAAUCUAAAACCUGAUGAAAAGUUGACUGAUGAAAUGCGACAACUUAAAACAGAGUUUGAAGACGUAAAUAGAAAGUUGUUUAUUCUACAAAACGAGAAUGAGAAGAAUUGUAGAGAGCAUGAAAAUGAAUUGAAUAAAAAAUUUGGGGUAUUUAAGAAAACCAAGGACGAUGCCAGAAUUGAGUUACUUGAGGAGCAAGAAAGGCUUUCAAAAACGCUAAAAGAGUUGCAAAACACCCAUGAUAAACUAGAAGAAAAUAUCAUCGCAUGUGCAGACGAAUUCGAUAAAUUUAAACAAAAGAUUAAAGAGGCAGAAGACGUAUUUCAUGCAAUGGAACUUGCUAUCGUUCCCCUCCAAAAAAAGCUUGCUGUCACAUCACAAGCAUUGGCACAAAUACAGGAAGGGAGAAAGCAAGUUGAGGGAAAAGCCAAUAGUUGGAAAAAAAAGUAUGCGAAUGAACUAGAUAAAGUCCAACAGGAAUUAUUCACACGACAAAAUCUAGCCACCUCAAUAGAAGAAAUCAAAGGGCACGCCCGAUGCUUUGCGUAUGCUAAUGAGCGAGACAUGCCCAAUGAGUUUCGCAUCAACUACGUGGACCAGUGCAUUCUCCAGGAUAGCGGCGAAAAACGUGUACAAGCGUUUGAUAGAGUAAUCCUGGAAGAGAUUCACAAGGAUCACAAGCGUUUAUUUAACGAGUGCAUGCCAUUUUUAGAAAAAUACAUUAGCAAAUUAGUCAAUUGCAGCAUUACGAUGAUCUCGGAGCAACAUGCAGCGCCUAUAAAGAUGACUUUACUAGAACAGUUAAUCAAGCACUACGGUGAGGGGUACAACAUGACGUUGAAAACAUUGCGCUUCGAUGGAAGCAUCAAAGGGAAUGACGUUGAAUUGAAAAACCUGGCAACGAUCAAAAAUAUGUCGCAAGAUGAAGAAUGCGUGUGUGUCUUGACUUUAGAUACCCGACUGGAAAAAGAAGAAGAGUCCCAUUCAAUGAAUAUAUACAUCAGUAGUAUGACCACUUCGCAGUUAAGUAAAGCGCUCGACGAGGCUCCCUCAUUGCUUUCGCAUGUGCUUACUAAAUCAAAGCAGUGUUUCGUUUUCAAGAUCAACGCUGGUGAAAACAUCGAGAAGACUCUGGCCCUAGCGAGCAAACUGAAAAGAGUAAUACGAUUACCUCAGCUGGAUUGA